CAGUGAAUCCCUAAAUAACUUCUCCUUAUUUAGUGAUAUAAUCGCAGAAUUCUCACCGGAUAUCGACGUUCAGCCAUAUGGACCAAAAAGCAAUUUCUAUCUGUGUGAACGUACUCGCAAGCGAACGCUAGUGGAAUCGUUCCAGAACAAGGCCACGGUGUUUUCUGGGGUUGUGCUAGGCCUCACAUCCGUUUCCGCCAUGAUCGGACACGCAAUCCGACGUCAUUUCAUUCCCGAGCGAAAGCAAAUGUACGAAAAUCUUGGUGUUACAUAA